AUGGUGUUUUGUUUUUAUUGCGUGGCGCAGGCGAACGAAAGUUGUCUUUGGGAAAAUAUCUGUUUUUCACAAGCUUUAUUUUUUCUUUCUAAAAAUAGAAGCAAACAAAAAUGAAAAGUACACGAAAAUAAAUGGGAUAUGCGAAAAUGUUUUGCCAUUUAUAUUUCCAUCUCGCUCCCUCUUUCUUUCUCAACAAUAAAAACAAAGCAACAAUAAAAAUAAAUCAUUAAACAAGAAAAUAUAUAAAUUGCAUUUUAUUGAGCAGGCAAUGUGACUCUGAUGCAACCAAGUUGUCAGUGCGUAGAAUAAAUUCAAACAAAAAGUGAAAGAACCUAAACAAAUCAGAGCGAAGGCGCAGAGAUAGACAAUAGACGAGUGCAUAUUUGUUUUUCUAUGUGUGAGCAAGACUUUGUUGUUUAGAGAAAUAAGACACACAAGUAUCUAAAAAAGAAGACAUUGAAAACCUGAUGGCAACAACAGCAACGAAAGCAGCAGCACCAACCGCCAAUGCGGUGCUCGCCAACAGCAGCAGCAGCAACAGCAACAGCAACAGCAACAAUAAUAUUAUAAGUGCACCAAUUAAAAUUCCAUUGAGCGAACGCUUCUUGACUCAGACGUCGACUGGCUCAGCGGACAGCGGUGUGAUUGUGACGAGCGCCUCUCAGAAGCAGCUCUGCAGUAGCUCGCAGGCGACGCUGCUGCAGUUGCAACAGCUGCCGGUGCGCAGCAGCAGCGGCUCACUUAGCCUACACGGAUCGCAGCCGAAAUGGAAGCGGCAACAGCAGCAGCACAGGCAGCAGCAGCAGCAGCAACACCAGCAGCAGCAACAACAGCUGCUGCUUAGCCAGGACAGCGGCAUCGAGCAGCGCGUCGGCGAGGGCAACUCGAGCGGCGCGGGCGGCGGCCAGUCGAACAGCAGCAGCGAAUCGCUGGGCAGCAGCAGCGGAAAUGAGCAGCUACAGGUAGCAGCUGUCGCUGGACGAGCGCGCGCCGCAUCGGCGCUUGAAUUGAGCCAUGUCGGCGUCGGCGUCGGCUCUAGCAAUGCGCUGCGGCGUAUUAAAUACAAGAGCACGAACAGCACACAAGGCUUUGAUGUGGAGGAUCGCAUCGAGGAGGUGGACAUUGGGGACGAUCGUGACGACGACGAGCACGAUCUGGAGGAGGUGGAGGAUGAUGACGAGGACGAUGGCGUCGCUGUCGAUGGGGACGAGGACGACACGCAGUCGGGCAUCAUUAUCAAUAUUGGGGGGCACGAGGACGAGGAGCAGCAGCGCCUGAAGGCCGAGAUAGCGGCCAAGGUGAAGGCCGAGGAAGAGCUGCCGCUUGAGCUGGCGCCCCUGACCGUUGCCGCUGCGGCGGCGAAGCGGCGAGAUGCGCGCAGCCUGGGCACGGAUGGACGCAUCUUCUUUCCGCUGCUCAAGAUCAACGAGGACCCGCACAUUGAUGCCAAGCUGAUCAACCGCAAGGACGGCCUGCAGGACACCAUGUACUAUCUGGACGAGUUUGGCAGCCCGAAGCUGCGCGAGAAGUUCGCACGCAAGCAGAAGCAGCGCCUCGCCAAGCAACAGAAGGCGCUCCUCAAGCGGGAGCGCGAGGAGCAGCGCAAGAAGCGCAACACAACGGUGGCCUCCAAUUUGGCGGCCAGCGGCCUUGACACCAAAGACCACACAACAACAACAACAACAACAACAAUAAUAACAACCAAUCACUGUGAUAGAAAUCGUCUAGCGGUCAACAAACAGAUGUCGGAUCCUCAUCCCGAUGCCAGCGACCACGUCGAAGACGAUGAUGACGAUGCCGAUGCCGAUGUUGGCUUGGUUAAGAUGCGCGUUCGCAGUCAUAGCCAUGAUAAUCAUUAUGAUGCCAACAGCAGGGGCAACAUGAAGUCAAUUGGCUCCGCGGACGAUGCUGGCUACGGGGAUGAGGACGACGAUGAGAUUGAGACCGGUGCCGAGGCGGAAACAGCGCUCCACCACGACGAUGGCGCCGAUUGUUUCGAGAACGUAAAGACUGUAAAGCUGGCUAGAACACAAUCCUGCGUUAGUUGGACCAAAGUGGUGCAAAAGUUUAAGCACAUACUAGGUAAAUACACGAUAGUAAUCGGCCUUCGACAGCUAUCGAUAGUGUUAUCGUUAUCGCUAUCGCCUUGUCGUUGUUCAAAUCAAACUGAAUU